UUCAUUUUAUUAUGCUUUUUUUUAUUAUUAUAAUCAGCAUCUUCUCCUUACUCAAUAAAGUACCUUCACGGACCCCUGUUUGAAGCCCCCGGAGGUGAUACAGGAGACCAUGGAAAUACAAUAAAAUACAACAUAGAACAAAUAGGUUGUAGAAUAGUUUUUCAGCACUUAAUAGCAGUAUUUAACAAUCAAAUACUAGAUGGAUAAGAAAGAGAGAGUGAAAAAAACGUAGGGGCAAGGACAGGCGCUUUGUCAAACUGAGAGCUGCCUCUGAGGUCUGAGUCGGAGCAAUACAGGUUUUUUCUCGCUCUCUCUCUCUCUACGGUGUAUGAUGUUUUUUCUCACUCGUUUCCAGGAUCACAAUGACAAAGUCUUCAAAAGAUCAGAGGAACCAAGAGAAGACUGCCGUACCGAAAAGUUAACCAUCACUAACGCCUCCGCAGAGCCUGCAUGUCUUUCUCUCUGUCUAUCUUGCCUUAACAGUGCAUCCCUCCUUCAUUCACUCACUCGUGUAUACAGACUUGCAUGUAACACGCAGAGAGUUCAACUGUCCUGCAGGCCUUGACUUCAAAACUGAGAGUUUUCAGAUGCAAUGAGCGUCCUUUAACUCGAGGGUGCAGCCAUUUGCAACAAGCCACAUGGCUGACCUUACAUCUCCCGAGGCGGAGUCGCUCUCCUUCGCUCCCAUGUUCCGACACCAGGCAGAAGGUCAAAGGUCAAGCCACGACCUUUACCUGCAAGGUUCUAUAAGUGGGCUCAGCCCAUUUGAGGUCCCGUGUGAAGCCACGGAUGGCACCGGGAACGCUCUGAAUGGAAUAGAUCAAACGGGGAACGCUUCUUACUGGGGGAAUACAUCCCCUGUGUCCUCUAUGGAACUGAACAGGAACAAGGCACAAGCUGGAGUUUAUGAGGCCAACUGGAGUUCUCACUACCACCAACAAGAGGCGUCAGAGAGUUAUGAAACAACUGGGCGUCAGCAACAAAAACUGGAUUCAUUCUCCGAGGCAUUUUGCAGUCAUAGCGCCACCCGAAUGCCGGGCGGAGGAGAGCAGAGUGGCUUUAACAGCUCUACUCCUCCGUCACAUGCCCUCUCUUUCCCUCUGGUUCUUAGCCCACCUCCAACGCCCCUGCCUGCUCCAUCCUUUUCUCCUCCUAAACGACCUCAACACUUCUUGCCCAGCCAGAUCUUGAGCCAAUCACAGAUACAAACUCAGACGGAUGGGUCGCUGCAGUUCUUUCCCUCUUUACCUUCGCCCUCCACCGGCAGGUUCAAUCACCCCAUUUGGCUCCAGCUGCAAGCUGACGACAGCGACGGCCUGGACUUAACGCAGCACCUUCCACAAGAUUCAAACUCCUCUCUGGUUUAUUCAGAGCAUGGAGGGCCUCAUCUGAAACAUAUUAACUCCCUGCAGAGAGACUGUUCACUGCAAAUGUCCCUCAACCCUGUACUGGUUCAACAUCACCAUCACCAGGCCUGCACGCAACAAGAGCUGGGUCACGAGCCUGGAACAUCCGAAGAUCACAUGACUUGGUCUCAGAUUGGGCAAUCAUCUCAUUCAUUUGGACCUUCUCUAGACCAGUCUAGUCUCCAUGUGCAGGGGUCAGGGCCAGGAGAAGGAACACGAUUCGGCUACGGACUGAACUUUGGUCCUGGGUCCUCAGACAAAUCUCAGGUGCCCGUCAGCACACAGAAUGUUCCCAGUUCCGUAUAUACUGGAGUCCCUUUCAACAGUGUGAUCCAGAUGAGUAGAGACCUAAUGGAGAACUGGGAAGAAGCUACACCUCACUAUAUGCCACCUCCAAUGCUGAACCCAACACGUAGUGGAACGGGACUCUUUUGCAACCUACUGUCUUCCCUAGCUGUGGAAAACAGAGCAUUGUGGACAGACGAGAGGAAAGAUGAUGACUCACAAAGGUGCAUAAAUAUAGGCCCAGAGUUCCAAGCUGAGCUGCCAGAUCUGAUUAUAGGAAGAGAGCAUGAGGUGUGUCCAGAGGAACCAGUCAGGGAGGAGUUACUAUGGAAACCUUGGGCAGAGUUAGAGGAAAAUGACAUCCUUUUACAGCACGUGGAGAAUCUUCUUGACCUGAGUGCCUCCAGUGUUCUACCAGGAGGUGGCGCCAAUCUGGAGCUUGCUCUUCAUAGCCUGUCUCAUUGCCAGGGAAACAUUCUAGCAGCGCUGGAGAUGCUGUUGUUUAAAAACUCCCCUCCAUCAGAAAACUAUCACUAUUCUGGCAUGAAUAUAUGGAGUUUGAGUGAACAAAGACUGUUCCAUAAAGCAUUUGCAAUUUAUGGAAAAGAUUUCUCCUUUAUACACAAAAUGGUGAGAACAAAGCAGGUGUCACAGUGUAUUGAAUUCUACUACAACUCCAAGAGGCUUUCAGAGAAACAAAACAAGCAGAGGGAGAGAGAAAAAGAAAGUCUGGAGGAAGAGAGAAUUGCAGCCAUCAUCAGUCAGUUACCUCUUCAUAAUGUCCUUGGUAAUCAUGACUUCUGA